CCCUCGCUCUGGACCUUGCUGGGACAAUCGAUGCUGGAUUGUGAGCUUGGAGAGUGCCAUUGGGAUAGAAAUCCAAUCUGGGGCUUGAACGGCCUUCACCUUGCUCUAAUUCAGAGUCAUCUGAGCCUUGAGGCGGUGUUACAGCUCCAGAACCGUGGUGCGGGGAGGAGCGUGUUUGGCUGCUCCCUGCAUGUGGGAUUGGAGGGCAUUGAGGGAGGGUGAAAUGCUUCAAUUGAGUUUUCAGCAUCAAAGCUCAAUAAUAAUUAAAAAAGGGCUAUAUCAGGAGAGGGACUGGGAGCCCAGUGGUGAGUGCAAGGUUAGGGUGUAUAACCAGCUGGUGUGCACAGUGCAGCACAGGGUCAGUGCUCAUGCAGGGGCGUAGUGCAAAACCCAAGGACUGUUUGAUUGUCAGCUGGAGACACCAGACAAUGGGAUCUCUGCAUUACAAUAGAGACCAUCCUAUCUGCAAGAUGUGUGGUCGUGUUUUCCUUCCAGAGCGUUAUUUUUAUUAUUAUUUGUAUUGGAGUAGCCUCGAAGUGGGAGUACAAGAAACCAACAACACACUAUGCUGGGAGCAGUCGAUAUCCCAUAAAUGCCAUGCAGAAAACCUCCGCCACAUUUGUGAUAUUACAGGUUUAUCGUGCCCUUACCGCACAGUCCUGCUUUGGGGUCCGUGCAGAGCUGCACUCCAGUGUGACCUGGUGGAGGGAUUGUUCCUGAAGUAGGCAGGUGGGAAGGUGAUUGCUGCUAUGGCCUUGGGAUGCAGCAUGCACUCACUGCACUGCGGGGUCUAAUGUGCUAGGUGGGCCAAUGAGGGAAGCAAGGCCCUGCAGUAGCCCUUGCCCAUUGGAGAGUCAAGGGGUACUGCAGAUAGAAUGACCAGAUAGCAAGUUUGAAAACACGGGACAGGGGGUGGGGGAUCAUAGGAGCCUAUAUAAGAAAAAGCCCCAAAAAUCUGGACUGUCCCUAUAAAAUCGGGACAUCUGGUCAUCCUAACUGCAGGACAUAGUCUUGUGCAGCCCCAGCACGGCCUUGGUGAAACUCCCCCCUGUGCAGAGGGCCAGCACGAGGCCAAGGCAUCCGUAACUCCCAACUCAAGCUCUGUUGUGGAGGCGAGGCCUUUUGCUGCCCCGGCACAGGAGCGAGUGUCAGACACAGCAGUGCAAGGAGAGGCAGCUCAGGGCCCGAGACAGCCUGGCUGUAGUGGGAGUUUUGCAGGACCUAGUGUGGACCAGCUCCUGGUAGGUGCUGAGCUGAACGUCAGUGGGAAUUGUGGGUGCCCAGCAGCUUCUAGGAUCAGGCCCUUUAUGAGUAUCCAAGGCACCAGGAGACAAAAUACUCCGAGUGAGUUCUGCUUAGCAUUGUCAACCCAUUCCCCCGCUAGCCUCUGGCCCCUCCUUCCCCAUGAUGCUUUGCUUCUCCUCACUGUUUGCUAGAGUUGAUAGCUCCGUGCCAGGCAGCGUUAGCCAGGAGCUGCUGCUUCCUGUGGGGGAGAAGCACUGGUCUGGUUCCACUCUCCGCACCUUCCCUGAUGCAACUGAGCUGGGGGCGAGGGAUUGGCUUUACCCGUCUGCGGACUCCCUUCUGCCGUGAGGAGCAUGAUGACGGCCAUCCUGGAACGUAUCAGCACCUUGUCCGUCAGCGGGCAGCAGCUCCGCCGCCUCCCCAGACUCGUGGAGGAAGGCUUCCCCAAGAUGCCCUGCACUGUCGAAGAAUCCGACGUGCCCCAGCUCUUCCGGGAGCCGUACAUCCAGACGGGGUACCGCCCCAUCGGCCAGGAGUGGCGCUACUACUUCUUCAGCCUGUUCCAGAAGCACAAUGAGGUGGUCAACGUCUGGACUCACCUGCUGGCGGCCUUGGCUGUGUUGCUGAGGUUCAAGGCCUUUGCAGAAGCAGAGGAGCUGUCCUUGGACAUCUCAUCCUUGCCUUUGUUCCUCUUCGUGCUGUCCUCCCUCACCUACCUAACCUGCAGCCUCUUGGCCCACCUACUGCAAUCCAAAUCGGAGCUGUCUCACUACACCUUCUACUUCGUGGACUACGUUGGGGUCAGCGUCUACCAAUACGGCAGCGCCCUGGCCCAUUUCUACUACAGCGCGGACCAAGCCUGGUACGACAAGUUCUGGCUCUUCUUCCUCCCCGCGGCUGCCUUCUGCGGCUGGCUCUCUUGUGCUGGCUGCUGCUACGCCAAGUACCGGUACCGGCGCCCCUAUCCCCUCAUGAGGAAGAUGUGUCAGGUGAUCCCAGCAGGGCUGGCGUUCGUCUUGGACAUCAGCCCCGUUGCACACCGGGUGGUCAUGUGCCAUUUGGGGGGCUGCGAGGAGCAGGCUGCCUGGUACCACACCUUCCAGAUACUGUUCUUUCUAAUCAGUGCUUAUUUCUUCUCCUGCCCAGUCCCCGAGAAGUAUUUCCCGGGCUCCUGUGAUAUAAUCGGCCACGCCCAUCAGAUCUUCCACAUGUUCUUGGCCCUUUGCACGCUCUCGCAGCUGGAGGCCAUCUUCCUGGAUUACAAGAUCAGGCAGGAGAUUUUCCUGAGUAGACAUGGACCCCUCUCCAUCUACCUGUCCUGUGCCUCUUUCUUUGGCCUGGUGGCCUGUAGUGCCAUCACGGCUCACUUCCUGCAGUGCAGGAUCAAAGUGGGGCUGGCUAAAAGAGACUCCUGAGAGACCGUUGCGAAGACUAGACAGACACUGACUGGCUGGUACUGAUUCGGUGGAAACCAGCGGAGGAUAAUUUAUAGAGAAAUAACAAAUUGGUUUGUUUGCAUAACAGUUUGUCUAAUUUAUAACUGAGGGAUGGGUGGCAGGCUGGAGUCGCUCUAUGAGAGCCCUUCUGUCUAAGGCGUUUUUACUUGAGUGGCUGCCUCUUGCAAUGCAGGGUUGUUUUUUUAAACCAGAUUGGGGCAUUUAACCAAGGAUGCUUGGAUUAGGCGGAGGUUUCUAAUUUGUUCCACGCUAGUAAAUCUGCAGGGAAUAUUACAUUGAAUAUCAGGAAAAACUAAGGGUCAUUAAACUGUAGAGCAGUCUCCUAGGGGAAGCACAUGGCUAGAGUCAUUUAAGACUUUACAAAGCACAGGAGACUGUGCAGUGUGGAUCAGUCCUGCACUGGCAGGGGGCAUGGACAAGAUAACCUACUAGGUCUUUUCCAUCUCUGCUAUACAUGGGCGUGAUCCUGCUCCCAUUUAAGUCAAUAGCAGAAUUUCAGCAGGACCAGGAUUGGGCCAUAUGAGUCUCAAUUUUCAGGGUGUAGCUGCGGAGGUCUGGGUGGCACAGUGCUAUGUAACGUUCAUCUGCACACGCUCUUUAUAUAUCUCCAAGUUGGAUUCUUGUGACUCAUGUUCUCUCAACUCUUCCCUCCUGAAAUAAAUCAUAUCAGGUUCUUAGGAUAACUUUGCCAAAUCUUUGUUGUAGAGAUGGGUCUGGACCAAAACUCUAGUCUAGAUCCAUCUAUCCCGAGACAUUGGGGAUGUUCCAGACCAGAUCACAACUUCAGGCUUCGGGCCCAUCUCUGCUUCACUCUUUGACUCUGACCCAGGUUUUCUUCCGGGAAACACCUGACCCAGUGGUGACGUGAGCGAAAUUCCCUCUUCUGUCACGGGGAGAUUUCACCAGGGGUGUUUAUAGAAAUUCAGUACCAGGGCUGCUCAUGAACAUUUAAAACAACGAGGCGGACUCUCUCAGGGGCUGCUAAUGGGAUAUGGAGCCUUUCCCUAGUAGAUCUGUUGUUUGAAUCCAGCCUGGGUCGGCAGUGAUGCCGGUGACUGUUUGGUGGCCUGCAUCAAAUGAGUUUACGCUCGUAGCUCAGUUACUGGUGGAGCAAAGAGAACAAAGACCCUUCAUUGUAGGGACAGUCCCCUUCCGGCCAGGAGCAGUGCUCUUUGAUGGGGCAUUUGCUGGCACUUGCUAUAGCCGGUGUUGUACUUAUGAGGGUAAACAGAGGUCUUCCAGGAUGUUAGUCUGCCACCUUUCAUCAAUGCUAAAUAACGUUAGAGAUUAAAACGUAAUCACUGGAGAAAAAAUGGGGGGGAGGGGAGAAGCAAAACGUACACUCGUUCUCCCUUCGAUGAUCCCGCCUGAUGUCCCCAAAUGUCUGUUGUACUCAGAGCAAAAUUCUUCUUCCAUUUGCACUGCAGAUUUCUGUUGAGUAUUCGACUCCUGCUGAUGCCAGUGGAGUGGACGUACCAUAAGGAACAAUCCCACCCUGGCAGAGGAAUGGACUGGAUGGUGUAAUAGGCCUUUGCCCUCUGCUGCGGGAGCGAGCUGUCAGCGGAUCAUAUGGCUCUAGGGCAGUGCGUAACCCUGACACUGUAGUAUAGCCCUCCUGUAAUAUGGAAAUGAGGGUAGCAGACCGUUGAAUAUUUCAAUCUGAUGGUUAUGGGUCAGUCCCUUCUACCGUCCCAAAUGAAUGACAAAGGUUUUGGGUUGCUUAGAACGAAUUCGCCAAUUGGAUAAGUCCCUUCUUUGUCUACUUGAGUGGGCGAUUGGAGGCUAUGAGCCGGAUCUCCAGCUGGUGUGAAUUGGAAUGACUGCACUGAAGUCAAUGGCGCUUACAUCAACUGUCUAGGAGGCUCCGACUAAGUACAGUCCUCACAGGCCUAACUGGUAAGCACUUGUCUUGUCCAUUCUGUCCUCUCCCAGUGUUAAAUCCCAGUUCCCUUGUAGUAGAUUAUACCACUGCACUACCCAUGUGUCUUGUGCAAUAUCUUCACACCCAAAUGGUCUGAUCAUCACCUGGUGUAAAUCCCCAUUGACUUCAGUGGAGCUGCGCUGAUUUACUCCAGCAGAGGAUCUGGCCCAUCAAAUCCAAGCAAAACUGGAUUACUUGAGUGAGUUGAAACUGACCUUGGAAGUGAGGCUUAGAGAUGUGACCGAAGGUCAGUCACUACAAGCCUGAGCUUUAGUGUUUGGUCUGGUUUGGGGGAUUUUUGAACUCUGUGUGUGUUACAACUCCCAGAAGGGCUCCGUUUUGCUUUGAUAUUAGCAAACCCUUUUGCAGGGUGAAGGUCAGUCAGGGAGGGAAAUGGUUCGCUGGUGGAGGGGAGCAGUAGACAAUGGCAGCUACCGAUGCCUGGACUCUUUGAAAACCAAGCCACUAAUUUAGGUGCCUUUCUGUAGAUAAGUGCCUACAUCUGGGCACCCUAAUCUGAAACUACUGGCCUUAAUGACAAGUGAAAUACCUUUAUGGAAGUGGGGGGGAAGGGAUUGGCUCAAGGGGGAUUAUGCUAAUAGGAUACAGAGGCUGUGAACUCUGCGUUCCUGAUUCAAAUUCAGCCCAGGUUGGUAACGAUAAAAAGAUGUUUAUAUGAGAGAGCUGGUCAGGGGCCUUUGUAAAAUUACUUGUUGGUCUCUUGUCAGUUUUGGUGAAGAGUCCAUCAGAGCGGAUUUUCUUCUUUCGCCUUGUUCACACUCUAAAGUUGAACCACUGUAAUUGCAUUGGGUUAAAGCAGUACAAGCCCUCUAGUGUGGAUGCAAUUAUAGUGGUGUGAAUGUGUUUCUGUAUAGGGAAGGGAAUAAAGUAUUCUGGUAUAAGGCACCUUUGUACAAUAUAACUGCAUCUACAUUAGAAGUUGUACCAGUAUAACUAUAACAUCCCUACCCUAAAUACUUUGUUAUGGUGGUACGAAAUCUUUGUGUAGACCAAGCGUUAGCUCCUCUAAAGGAUUUAAACUAGACUGCACACUGUGUCCCCACAGAGGAGGAUACACCAACCCAUGCCAUCUCCGUGCAAGUGUUUGCAAACCACAGAGGACAAGAAUGUGCAUCGCUCUUAAUGGAAGGACUGAGCCUGAUGCUUUCCGUGACACUAUAUCGCCACCUACUGGUGUCACAAAGCAACUUAUUUUUUCCUGUUACCUUUCCUCCCCGGUUGUUUUUUUCAGUGUUCCCAUGUUAACUCUCGGUCUGAGAGGUUACCCCCAUUCACCCCUGCAAAUGAGACCAGUGACUGACCUCCUCGGGGAAUGAUGGGGCUGACUUUGCAGGGAAGUACUGACCAACGCUGCUUUUCAGAUAACGUCCUAAGGACACAGGGUGCUUCGUCAACACUGGAGUUAGUGCCAUCCCUGCCGUCUCCCAGUGAGAGAGCCAGUCUUGUCAAACCCUCCCUCUUCCCAAGUUGUCUUGUACUCGUGCCUUACACAGCUGGCUGGAGAUUGCUCAUGCGGACCUUGUAUGUGUGCACUCCUGGGCUGGCUAGGAACCAGCAGGACGCUAACAGUGCUACUCUAAACCCAAUGAAGUCAUCGAGUCUUGCCUUUGACUUCACUGAGGGUUGGUCCUAAGAGGACGUAAAUGCCGUCAUGUUCGGCUGUCAGCCUGUUACUCCUGCCACAGCUCCCACGCGGCCACUUGCAACCUCCCGCUCCUAGAGUCCUUUGCGCCGGGUCUGGGUCCCCCCACAAGAAGCUCAGCCAGAACUGAUGCAAUGGUUCGUAGGGUAUCUGAUGAUGACCUGGGCGCAAGAGGUUGAGUACGUCCGCUUCAGCAGGUUGGCCAUGGGAAACGGGGUCACAAACCUCCUUGGGGGGACAUGACCCUCAGGUGGAGACCAAGGGCCAAGUCUUUAACAGGUGUGGAUCAGUGUUUCUCACUGGAACUAUGCUGAUUAACACCAGCUGAGGAUCUGGUCCAGCAUAUAUUACGCUGCUCACUCUUCAGACUUGCUCAUUGGGAAUGAGCAGGUUAGAAGCAGCAUCUUUACCAUCUGCAGCCUCAUGAUUGCACAUACUGGUUGAUUUUUUACCAAGAGAGCUGCCUUGGUAUUGAGGGUGAAGGCAGAGUGGGUCAGUUAACCAUGAAUUUACUUUGAGUGCUUCAUGUAGCAGAACAGGGGUGCAUGCUUCAGGCUACACAUGUGCCUUGGUAUUUACAUCUCGUGCUGGCUGGGUUUUAAAAGCAUUGCUUCCUACUAAACAUGAGUAGUGAGUUUUGCAUUUUUUUCUUUGGGAGUGUGGGAGGGGUGGGAGUAUUAUGCACCAACUAUCCCCGUUUGUCCCCCAACUUUGUAUCGUUGAGACCACUGAAAACUUUGUACUGUAUUGACAGCUGUUCAAAAUCCUCAGUAAUAAAAUCUAUAAAAGCAAGACGAAGGGGUGCAACGUGAAAUCUGUAACUCCACCAACAAAAGGGGGAAUGUGAUGGUCAUGGCUGUCAGUUGUUCAGCAGAAAGUUUGGCCUUAAAGAGUUGAUAAUAAAUAAUAAUAAUCAUAA